AUGGUAGAUCUGAUGUACCCGGCAUAUCACUGUAACCUUUACGUAUAUGAAGUACCCGUUGACCCGGAUUUCACCGUGAGACCGUGGAUCAUCGUCAUACCUUCUGUUCCCCCGAUAUCCGAUAUCCACAUCUACCCUCUCCAAGAACCCCAAGAGCCACCGGGCGAUUCGGCAGUUAUCGGGCUAGCUCGGACAUAUGGGAGCUCGGCCCUUUGUAUCCAUGGCGAGCUCACCAACCCCAGGCCCGUUAUUUUUGGCUUCUUCCGAAAGUAUCCUCCAUCCCCCUGUGGACGUGAUGCGCCGCCGCCCGACCGGACCGAGGCAUUCAACUUCAACGUCUUCCCCCGUCUUCCCCCGUCUCACCGGCUGGCUUUUCAACUUUUCGUAUUAGAUCCGAUGGGAAAAUCCAGACGCAUGUGGUCCGAUGCGCUUAGACUCUUUGACCUACGGGGAUCAGAACACCAUAAACACCAUGACGAGCUAGCAAUCACAGAGGCUGGCUGGGAACACCGAGUAGGGAACUACUCCCUCACCGAACGUACUUCUGAGCUCACCGCCUCUUGCUACUCUGCCAUGCCACCUCAGCGUCCCAUAGCGUCCCAUAAUGUUCUGCUAGACAUACAACCUUUGCUAGAGCCAACACUCCUAAGCCCCUGCAUUAUCACCAUCUCAUCCGUCAAACUGGGCGACCUAAAACCAUCCCCGGCUGCGCUGCGCCAGGCCAUUCCCAUAACGCCGGCCCUCGACUGA